AAUCAAUCUCCGCAUAUCAUGUCACAUAUCAUGUCUGUCGAUGUGUAUCUUAUAGCCAAUCGCUACAUGCUUGCAGUAUUGCGCCUCACAUAUCUUACCUCAUCAUCUAUAGCAUUGACUUCCUUUAUCUCCGAUUUCUAGGUACAUAUUAGGUAUAUAAUAUCACCAAUUCUUCAUUCGAUUCUGCGCUUCGUCCUACUCUAGCUAUAAGCCUAUGGCCCUGAUACAUCAUUUAAUCUUGUCAAGUUAAGGAGGCGUAUAAGAAAUUUGUUAGUCAUGGCUGGUCACGUGAACAUGAUGGACGACUAUCUGAUAGCGAACUUACCGCCGCCAAUCCUCAGAUCUGCCCUUCGGCUCCUUAUCUCACAGGGCGCCAUCACACAGAAACCCUUCGUCGAGCAUGUCCGGGCCAGGUUUCGGGAGAACCCACCUACACUCAGGGUCUUUAGCACGUUGUUUACCGGGAAUGACGGCGUGACCUCAGAGUGUUCGGCAUACGUGGCGCAGAUCAGGUGCAUGUUUUCGUGCAAAAUGUCGGAGGAAUCAAUCCCGCACCUCGAGCAAUUCGUAAACGCCAUAUAUUCAAGGAGAGUCAGUUGGUCAGAAACUAGCGAAGUAGCAAAGCUGCUCACCAGCUUUGACGGGGACAUCGUCCAAGCAAUCCAAGCCCUGAAAGAAACGGACCCCCCUCCAACCGCAGAGCUCCUGAUAACCCUGAACAACUUCCUCGCCAGCCUCAAGAACUGCGCGGAGUACUGCUCGGCCGCGCAACCUCGCCUGAGAUUUCCUUUCGCACGCGGCAGGCAGCAGCUCCAGGAUGCCAUACGAUUCCUCUUUCCGCAGCAAAGAAGCACUUCCUUGCCCCCCACGCCGCCGGAGCCUGAGAGCGAGGAAUUGGCCUCCUUGCCGGGCGAGAUAAGACAAGCGGCGGUAGAAACAUUCCGCCUCGGACCCUUCGAAGUGCCCAGACUCUUCAACGGGCUGUGGCAGCUCUCGUCGGCGUCGUGGGGGUCGGCGACCACCACAGACCAAGAGCGGGCACUCACGCACGCAGCUAAAUGCGGGUUAACCGCGGCGGACAUGGCGGACCAUUAUGGAGACGCGGAGCUCGUAUACGGUGUGUUCCGGAACAAGUUCUCGAAGCACAGCCAGACUACCGUGUUUGCCGCGACCAAGUGGUGCGUAUUCUCGCCGAUCCCGAAGCCCGUGACGGCCGCCUGGGUCUCAGACGCCGUGUGCGAGCGGUCGCGGCGGUUAAAGGGGCGGGUUGAGCUGCUCCAGUUCCACUGGUAUGAUUACACCCAAAAAGAGUACCUCGACGUGCUCGCCGAGCUAGUCCUGCUAACCAAGACCUGCCCGACGACCGUGUCCGCCAUCGGGCUGUGCAACUUCGACUCCGCGCACCUGGCGGAGGCGUGCGAGCACCUGAUCGCGCGCUUCGGCGAGGUCGGCCUCGUGUCGAACCAGGUGCAGUUCUCGCUCGUCGACGCGCGGCCGCUGAGGAGGAUGACGGAGACGUGCGAGAAGUACGGGCUGAAGCUGCUCACGUACGGGACGCUUUGCGGCGGCUUCCUCUCCGAACGCUGGCUCGACAAACCAGCGCCGGAGCCCUAUUCGGAGUCCAACCGGCUGACUCCUUCGCAGCGAAAGUACCUCGACACAAUCCACCACUGGGCCCCCUGGCACACCUUCCAAGCCCUCCUCACACACCUCUCGUCCCUCGCCGCCGCCCACAGCGUCAGCGUCUCCUCCGUCGCCGCGCGCUGGGUCCUGCAGCAACCCGCCGUGGGCGCCGUGAUCGUGGGGGCUCGGCUAGGCGUCUCCGAAGACCACGCGGACGACAACGUGAGGACGUUUGGGUUCCGGCUUAGUGGUGAGGAGAUGGGGAGGCUGAAUGAGAUUGCGCUUGGGGCCGAGGGGGGGAGGAUGAAGGGGGUGUUUGAGAGGCUGGGGGAUUGUGGGCGUGAGUAUCGGAAUGUGCAUUGAUAGUAGGCAUGGAGUGUCGUCUGCAGGAGGAGUAUUUUAUCAGGGUAGCAUAAGUACUUAGGUUAGGUAGGUAGAUAGUAUAGGAGAAGCGAGCAGAAGAGCUUCAUUACAAGA